AUGCGCAUGACGUUGGCGCGCAAGGGGCUGCUGGUGCACGUUCAAGUCAUUAAGAAAGAGGAAGAGAUGACUGAUGCCUGGCUGUUCAACGACGCUAAGGCAUUGGUUAUAUCAUCGCUCAAGGCGUAG